ACUGAAAAAAGUAUUAGAGGGACAGUGUGAGAGACCAGAAUAUAAUACAGUGCCGGACAAUAAGACUUGACAUGUCACAGAGUGGAAAUAGUGUGUGAUAAACACCAGAAUCUCCAUGACAGCUGUACAGGGAAUUUCAUCCCUCUACUUACGUAACUCUCGCUUCCUUAGCGGUCUAAGUGGAGGGGGGUCUGCACUCCACCAGCGUGUUAGAAUAAGAGAUGAUCCGACCCAUGAAGAACUGAUUGAACAGCAAACCACCAAGGAGCCUGGAAGAGUCCCCUCCAUGGUUGACCGCUCUUUGGUCCGAAGGGACAUUCGUGCUUUUCUGAAAGAGUGUGGUGGGACACCCAGUGAGGCACGCCAUUGGCUGGCACAAUUCCAGGAAAUGCAUUCCACUUACCAAAAGGCAUUUGCAGUUGUUGAGGUGGAUGAGAAUGUUUUCAGCUGCAAAAAGUCCCUGACCAGUGUUGCCUUUGCACUCUCCUUUCUCCAGAGGAUGGAUAUGAAGCCACUAGUGGUGAUGGGGCUGCCCAGCACAUAUUGUACCCGUCCAUCAGCCCAUGAUGCCAAGUCCUUGCUUGUGCACAAUUGCCAAACUUUAGUAGAAGCCCUCCAUGCCAACUCGGGUACCGCUUUGCCGUUAUUCAACGGAGGAUCUGUGCUAACAGCUCACGAACAGGAUGGCUGUUAUGGAUCCAUGUCAGCAGUGGAUAUCAAGCUUCUCUCCUGGUGCCUCAACUCCGGUAACAUUCCUAUUUUAUGCCCCAUUGGAGAGACACCUUCUGGGCGUUCUGUACUUCUGGACUCCUUGGAAGUUACCACCAGUAUUUCCCGUGUCCUGAAUCCACUAAAGAUAAUUUUCCUCAAUACCGUGGGUGGUCUGAAGGACCUGAGUGAAAAUGUUGUGGGACAUGUAAAUCUGCCAGCAGACUUGGAACUGAUGAGGAAUGCGGUAUGGAUGAGUGAAAGACAGCGAAAGCAAGUAACUGUCAUUGUGGAUCUUCUCAAUCGCCUGCCUCCUUCUUCCUCCGCUGUCAUCACCUCGGCCCGUACUCUACUUAGUGAGCUUUUCAGCAACAAAGGUUCUGGGACACUGUUUAAGAACGCAGAACGAAUGCUGAGGUUUGAUUCCUUUCUGGAUGUUAACACUGAGCGCCUUAUCACACUGGUGAAUCAAUCCUUCCAGAAACAGCUGAAAGACGAUUAUGUCAGCAGUGUGGCAAAGAGACUGCAUUCUGUGUACCUCUCUGAAGGAUAUAACGCAGCUGCUGUCAUCACCACUGAACCAGUGCUAGGUGGAACCCCUUACCUGGACAAGUUUGUGGUCAGUUCUGGGCGACAAGGACAGGGGUCCGGGCAAAUGCUAUGGGAGUGUGUGAGACAAGACCUACAGACUUUAUUCUGGAGAUCACGUGCCACAAACCCUAUCAACUCUUGGUAUUUUAAGAACAGUGAUGGCAGCUUUUCAAACAAGCAGUGGAUAUUCUUCUGGCUUGGCCUUUCAGACAUUAGAGACUCUUACGAACUGGUGAACCAUGCAAAGAGCCUGCCAGACUCCUUCUGCAAGGCCUCAUAAGAACAAUGGCUCCAACUGCUGGAUAGUCUCUUGUACUACAAAGACUUUCAUGCGCCAUGAUACAAUACAGACAAACUGUUCUUGCCACAAUGUUCAUCAAAGGAGAAAAAAAAUUAGUUGUUAAAAUGCCUAAGGGCAUAAAAUGUGUUCCCCAUAUCAUCUACAGUGUUAUUGUAAAACAAUCUAUUGCCAUAAAGGCAUAAAAACACAAUUAUCUGAAGACCUGCUUUGUGCUAUCAAUGUGCCCAUCAUUUACAAUAGCUGCAGCUCCAUCUGGUGUUGUCAUGUAGACCUUCUUGUCAAACAGCUGGCCGCUAGAUAACGUGUCCAUUAAAGCCAACAUGCAUAUAUAUGGAUUUAUUUAUAUUUUUAUGCUCCUGGAACUUGUCAUUAAUGAAAAUGUUUAACACCAGAACAUGUUUAUGUAUUUUAAAUAAAAACAGAGAUUAUGUGA